AUGGGAAAGUCCAGUAAGGAUAAGAGAGACAUUUACUACAGAAGAGCCAAGGAGCAGGGCUGGAGGGCUCGUUCCGCGUUCAAAUUGCUACAGCUCCACGAUGAGUUUCAAAUCUUGCAUGGACUCAAGAGAGUCGUAGACCUUUGUGCUGCUCCAGGCUCGUGGUCACAAGUUUUGAGUAGAGAAUUGUACCAAAAACAGAACCAGCCAGAUGCCAAAAUUGUAGCUGUGGAUUUACAGCCAAUGACUCCUAUAGAUGGGGUUACUUGCAUUCAGGCAGACAUCACUCACCCCAAGACUUUGCACAAAAUAUUGGAUAUCUUUGGUGGAGAGCCAGCUGAUUUUGUUUGCAGUGAUGGAGCACCUGAUGUGACUGGUCUCCAUGAUCUCGAUGAGUACAUCCAGGCACAAUUAAUCUUACUGGCUUUGCAAUUAACGACUUGUAUCUUGAAACCUGGAGGAACAUUCGUAGCUAAGAUCUUCCGUGGAAGAGAUAUAGACUUGUUGUACAGCCAGUUGAGCUACUUGUUUGAAAAGGUGAUAUGUGCAAAACCCCGUUCAUCAAGAGGAACGUCUCUAGAAGCUUUCAUUGUCUGUAUAGGAUAUACUCCAAGACCCGGCUGGAAUCCCAAGUUGGAGUUGAACAAGUCAACUGAGGAGUUCUUCGAGGGUGCUAAUAUCGGAAAAGCAACCAAUUUGCAAUUUUUGGAUCUUCCAGAUCCAGAGGAACGUAAAAUCGCCAAAUUCGUAGCCUGCGGAGAUUUGAACGAUGUCGAUUCAGAUGCCACCUAUUCUUUAGAUAAUGAAUCGAGACUUCCAGCAUUGGACCCAGUGCAGAUGCCUACUGCUCCACCAUAUAAGAAGGCGUUGGAGAUGAAGAGAAGAGGCGAUUUAGUGAGAAGGUAA